UGCAGUGCUCUAUAGCAUCGUUUUGAGGGUAGGAGUUCAAAUAAUUUAUGCCCAGGAUAUAGGGGGUCAGUAGAUAUUUUCACAGCCCUUUUGACUCUUGCAGUGUACAGGUCCUCAGUGGAAGACAGGUUGGCAGUAAUUGUUUUUUCUGCAGUUCUUUCAUUACAAGCAAUAAAAUGUACUUCUUUACAGAACAUAAUCAGAAUAUAGUAGAAACCAAAAGUAACCCUCCUGAACAGGGUUUCCUUAGAUCUGCAACAUGCUUGACAUAAAGCAAUAUUUCUCAACCUUGGUAACUUUAAGAAGUAUGGACUUCAACUCUACAGCCUGCUGGCUUAGGGAAUUCUGGGUGUUGAAGUCCCACACGUCUUAAAGCUGCCAAGGUUGAGAAAAACUGGCAAGAAAACUUUAGUGUUGUUAACAGCAAGCGCUCCUCGUGUAGCUUAAGACAACUUUGGACCGAGACCAUAUUUACACAGCAUUUUAACUGAGGAAAAAAAAUAGGCUCUGGCUUUCCAAAACGCACCACUUCAGCAAAACGGGUGAAAAGAGUUCCCGCCGUUCGGCCCCGCCCACUCGGUGGAAAGCCUCGCCCGCCCCAAUGUCGCUCCGCGCACGCGCAGAUGGAGCCGCUCCGCCUCGUCUUACCCGACCGAGCUGAUCUCUGUCUAAACCGCUGUGUUUUCUUCCCCAUGGCUGCCCAGGUGGGAAGGAGUGACGGCCAGCUUUUUUUGGCUUUAUCCAUGGGAACGCCUCCCUUUAGGCAACUGCUAGGGGCGGACGUUGAAUUUCCCGGCGCAGCAACCGUCCACACUAACGGACCCGUUAAGAGUAGCCUUUCAGAGUCGCGAAGCUGCUUUCUACCCGUGACGUCAGUAAGCGCGAGCUAAGCAACCCAAGAACCAGAACCGAGCAGAGAUGUUCUUAGCUGAUCCACCAUCUACCUGCCUUUCCCCUACAGUGCAUUAUAUGAUUUGUGAAGCUGGAUUUGAGAGGAAAACAAGCUGUGCUGUCAGUAGUUUUAUAUGCGACAGUGGUGAAAUAAAUUGGGAAUUCAUCACAAAACAUGUACAAUAUGGAGAGCAAGACUCAAUAUUGGAUUAUAUCAACAGUAUGAGAUCUUUAGGUCCUUUAUGUGAAUCUAUUCACUUGCAUUUGAAAUCACUUACAGUGGAACAAUUUGAAAACCAGUUUGUGGUAUGGCUUCAAUGGACAAACUGCCCAGAGAUAUUUCUGGAAAUGAUUGAUACCAUAAAGAAUCCACAUGGUGCAGCAGUUGCACUCAGUUUAAUGAAGCUUACAUCAUGUUUGGAACGAGCCUUGGGUGAUGUAUUCUUACUAAUUGGGAAAGAUUGUCCUUUUCUUCUAAGAGAUUUGCUCGCAUCUCCGGAACUUGUUUCUAUCUUUGGGCAACCAGUGAUGGAUGUUCUGAAGGUGUUCAUUGGGUCUCCAGAUAGUCUAAAUCUUCGUAAUAUUUUGUGGCAUGGAUUUGUGUCAGCUGAAGAGAUUCCUGUCAAAUAUUUCUCCAUGCUACUUUUUUUAACAGCCGGAUUGGGGCAACUGCUUAAUAAUUACUGCCUUCAGGCCCACUCUGCUUUAAUUCAUCGACCCUAUGUGUCUUUCACUCACUUGAAAGAGCUGCAUAUAUUUCCAGAUCUGAAUCAAGAACUCUUGUCAUUGGCUAAAGAAUUAGUAACAAAAUCCAAUAUUGUACUAAAGACUAUGAUACCUUUUUGGAUUGCUGCAAUAACUUCAUUCCAGCAGGCACGGUAUGCAGAUUGUGUCAUUUUGCUACUUCCUCAGCUGGAAGGUGGGCUUAGAGUACUCUUCACAGCAGUUAAUAAAUGUCCAAGCAGACUAAUGACAGCUGAGUCAUCUUCUCUGUAUACCACUUUUGAUGAAAUACUAGCAAAACAGUUGAAUAAUGAAGAAAUAAAUCAGCUCCCCAUAGUCCUUGGUGAAUCAGCAAUGGAAUUUCUUUGGGAUUUUUUGAACCAUCAAGAAGGCCCACGUGUUAGAGACCAUCUGAGCCAUGGAGAAAUCAACUUGAAUUGUUUCCCAAGAGAAAUCGCAAAUUCCAUGCUUUCAUUUUCUAUUACAGUCCUCUGCAGAUUUUCACAAGAUGACUUGGCUUCCAUUAAGGAACACGAAUCCUUAAAACUAUUAAUGACCUGUGCAAAUAAUUACUGUACCAAGUUUCAUCCAAUAACUCAGCUUAAGAAACAGAUAUUGAACUGUAUAAAAAGUAUCACCUGUUGGCCAGAUUUUCUUAUGGAGUCUGAAGAGCAAGAAAUUUCAGGGUCAGGAAAAGAUACAGCCCCCUGUAUUCUUGUGAUCAAUGAUAUUCUGUCUCAACUGCAGCCCUAUUUGUCUGUGAAUGUUACACUCUUAGGUGAUUCUGUAAACAAUCUGCUAACUGAGAAGUUGCUGACUGAACUUUGUAGCAAGCACAUUCAUACCCUUUACUCUCCACGAACUAUCCUGGAAACCAUUGUGGUGUUUCGCCAGAUAAGCACCCAUUGCCAUCAUGUGUCACGUCAAGUCAUUUCAAUUUGUGAAACCAGAUAUGAACAGUGGAUAAAUAAGUCACUGAGGUCACGCCAACGACUUAACUUUCUACGCAUGAGAAGAAGUAUAAAAUUUCUGUCCCCAGUUUUACAACUAGUUUUAAUCUUGAUUACCCUGGAGCUAGUGAACAUUCAUAUAAUUUGCAGAAAAAAUACUUCUGAAUGUCAACAAUACUUAAAGUUUCUGAAACUGAUUUUGCAGUACAUUGAGAACUUGGUGACUUACACAAGUCCAGAAAAAAAUAAAUGGGACGAAACCAUAGUGCUUACGCACAAAUCAUUGAUAAAAAUCAGAACCUUUCUAGGAAGGGAACUGAUGCUUGUACAGUUAGCUGAAACAAAGAAUGUAGUUAGUCCUCAUCAGAAUUCUAUAGGUCUAACCUAAACAGGCAGUUAUCCUUUCUCCCCAAUUUAUACAGAUCAACAUUUGCAAAAACUAUGUGCAUAUGUCCUUCAAAUCAGUGAUGUGUGGAUGUGAGUAUGAAGGAGAUUUUCUGAGCAAAAAAAUAAAAUUUACGGCAAAACCAUCUGUUGUGGAUGGGUGUGUUGGUCGAUGGAUUGAUGGAUGGAUAAAUGAAUAAGUUUGAUCACAUUAGUGAGAUCAAUAUUACUGCUGCUAUUAAAUAUAAUUUUAUUUUUUACUAAAGUAUCUUAAGUAUGGUACUAUAAAAAUGUUUUAGUAAAAUAUACUGAUUUGUAAAUUAUUUUUUAAAAAUUUAUCUGAUUAAAGUGAAUAAACUGGGAGACAUGAGUUA